CACCUGCUCACUGCAAGCAUAUUUUUACUCUCUGUCUGUUUUCCUCCAUUAUUCUAUAUAAAAGAUAUUUCCUUGCUCACCGACGCUGAGAGUGCGGAGAGGGAGUUAGGAGAGAGAGGGAGGGGUUACCUACUGCGACAGAACCCAGUUGCUGAAAAUCUAAGAAACCGACUGCCUACUGGGUUGAGAGCUUCUUCAACAUCUGUGGGCGUUGAUGAUCACGGCCGCACAGGGCCAUUACAUGAAGAGUCUCUCUCUGGGUUUUGCAAAUGGCAGCCGCAGACAAAUCCCACGUGGUUGUUGAUGUGGUUGAGGAGGAAGUGGGACGCCGCAGCGCCGCCACGGGUCGAAGUAGUUACUUUGACUCCGGCUCACAGGGGUCGGAGGACCAGGAGGGGAGAUGCUCCAGUGAGUCAGGGUCUGAGAUUGUGGAGAGGGAAUCCUCUGUGUCGGAGGGUUCGGUUGAGGUGGAUCUGGAGGAGGUGAAGAUGCACGUGGUGAAGGUGGAGAGGGAUUGCAGGAUUUGUCAUCUGAGCUUGGAUGCAACGAAUCAGGAAUCUGGGAUUCCUAUUGAGCUGGGGUGUUCUUGUAAGGCUGAUUUGGCUGCUGCCCACAAGCAGUGUGCUGAGGCUUGGUUCAAGAUCAAGGGUAACAAAACCUGUGAGAUCUGUGGAUCAACCGCACGUAAUGUUUCUGGUUUGAGUGAAGCUGAGUUGGCGGAGCAGUGGCAUGAUGAAGCCGCACUGGCAACAACAGCAGGAGGUGCCCCUGUGCAGACAGCAGAGAGCCGAAACUUCUGGCAGGGUCACCGCUUCCUGAACUUCUUGCUAGCUUGUAUGGUCUUUGCGUUUGUCAUCUCGUGGCUGUUUCACUUCAAUGUGCCCUCAUGAAAAACUCGUGUAGAGGGUUGCCCAUUUCCUUCGGUGAUGAUAGAGAGGUAGCAACCAAGCACUCAGCGGUACCUUCCUUGUACCUGUGCCUCCAAAAACUAUGUUGGAGUUAGCUGUUUCUCUCUGUCUACUUGUUGUUCAUAUAUUAGUAGCCUUAGCUUCAGCAGGUCGUGUAAUUUAUAUUUCCACUAUUAAAAGUUUAAACUUGAAUUGAAUUUGCAUCACCAGAGUAGUUUAUUGUACUAACUCAAGAUGCUUUAUUAGAUAAACAUAACCAAUUAUAUGUAAAGAUUUGUGGCAGAUGCUUCACUA